GCUGCACUAGUUCAGAAUUUAUCUUUCUUCUUCCAGUGUAAGAAAGAAAGAUAAACUGUGAAUUAAUACAAUCAGUUCAACCAAAAAGAACAGGCUUGUUGUUUGGUACUAACGUCGAUAAUUUAUUUCAAAAUUUGGAAAUGAAUUUGGACUGAAUAGUUACAGAAUAAAUAAUUUUGUUAUUUUCGAAGAAACUAUCGGCAAUAUUACAAAAUUGACGACAUAAUAAACGCAAACAUUACAUCAAUCAGUAUGGAGAAAAAGAGAAAUAAAACGACAAAACAAUUUGUUCCAAGUAUGGAACGUAAGGCAUCUGGAUGUAAUUGGGAAAGGUUCCAGACUUUGUAUUCUAAUACAAAGACAGAUGAAGCUACCGAAGAAAAAAACAUCUCUCAAAACAGGCAUCCAAAGCCUAAAAAAAUACAUUCUACCUUUCAUAUGGAUUCAUUGGAAAAUAAUCACAAAGUCAUCAAAAAUAAGGAAAAUAAGAGUUUGACGAAGCAGAUUGCCAUGGAUUGUGAAAUGGUCGGAAUUGGCGAUGGUACAGAGAGUAUGAUUGCCCGAGUGUCAAUUGUAAAUAAAUAUGGUGAUUGUGUGUAUGACAAAUAUGUCAAGCCGAGAGAGAAGAUAGUGGAUUAUAGAACAGCAGUCAGUGGUAUUCGACCAGAACAUUUGCAAAAUGGUGAAAACUUCAACAUUGUACAGAAGGAAGUGGCGGACAUCUUGAAAGGUCGCAUUUUAGUAGGCCACGCAUUGAAACACGAUCUCAAUGUAUUGUACUUGUCACAUCCGCGUAGAUAUUGGCGGGAUACUUCAAGAUAUAAACCUUUUCGUCAUAUAUCAAAGGGGAAUACUCCCAGCUUGAAAAAACUCGCGCACGAAUUGUUAGGUAAAGAGAUACAAAUAGGUGAGCACAAUUCCGUGGAAGAUGCGAGGGCAGCAAUGCAAUUGUAUAUGUUAUAUAAGAAUAAGUGGGAAUCGGAGAGAAAACACUGAUGAAUGGAUCAUAAACAGUAUCAUACAGGAAGAAUUUUCGAUCUUUCUCGUUUUGUGAAAGAAAAAGAUUCAUAUAAUUCCGAUAUGUGUGAUGGAAUUGAAAUGGAUUCUGAUUGAAAUUGUUCAGUUAUUUUCUAGAGAUCUUUUCUAGAAAAAGUGGAAUAAUUUUGAUUGAUUCAGUUUCAUAACAAGUUUCUUUGUUUGAAAAUUUAAGAACAACAAAAUGCAUAAAAACAACAUGCAUUUGCUACUUAUAUUUAUUCAUAUGACGAUUGAAAACUAUAUGAUCAUUUAUAGCUUUAAUAAGAUGUAAUAGAUGUAAGACAUAAUAAUAAAUUUUAUUCUGUACAAUGAAAU